AUGAAUGAGCUGGAGAAGUUAUUAAGUAAAGCUACAAACCCGAUAUCAGAUCAGUAUGACUCUGACACCGUGAAUGAAAUUGCAAAGCUGAUUGAUACUCAACCUAAUGGUCCAAUCUUUACUCUUCGACUUCUUGCCCAUAAAAUUAAGUCUCCACAUGAAAAAGAAGCUCUUAGCUCUUUAAUGCUGUUAGAGUUUUUAUCCAAGCGUUGUGGUCCAACAUUUAUAUCCGAACUCGGAAAGUUCAAGUUUCUCAACGAACUAAUCAAAGUUCUUUCGCCCAAGUAUCUUGGUGACCAGACAUCUUCAUGUGUAAAAAACAAAUGUGCUCAGUUGCUUCAUAAUUGGCAACGUGAUUUCUCACCAAAUGAACCGAAGUUUGCUGAGGCAUACAAUAUGCUUGUUCGAGAAGGUAUUAUAACUGCAAGUCAGAUAGUUUCUACUGACUCCGUUUCAGAGAUUUGUCGCUCAGGCUCUUCAGCCGCUGAAAAUAGGCAAAAUAUUUUUGAACGUAACAAAAAAUCAGAGCGUUUAACCCAAUUACUUCGUAGUCGUAAUCCAGCUGAUCUACGUGAAGCGAAUGCGCUUAUCAAGAGUAUAGUUGAAGAAGAUCAAGUACGUAUGGAAAAAGUAAGUCAAAGAACUAGUGAAAUGGAAGCUUUAAGGAACAAUACAAUAUUAUUAGAAGAAAUGAUUGGGACAUAUUUAUUAGGUGAAAGUACUGAGGCUGAAUUAGAAUUGAUGAGUGAAUUGACACAGAAUAUACGUAGAGCACGUCCAUUAUUAUAUAGUUUCUCUUUAACACAUGAAGAACAAGAUAUUGAAACUUUGACUGAAAUUGGUCAAAUAUGUGACAAAGCUAGUGAAGUUUUAGCAAAUUAUGAACAAAAAAUAGCCAAACAAAAGUCAUUAUCCUCAUCAAAAUCAUCAUCUAUAACUAAGGAUAAUUCUUCUUCUUCUCAAUUAUCAUCAAAUGAAAAUCAAUUGUCAUCAUCUAAUCAUAUUACUGAUCUUUUAACACAAGAUUUAAUGAAUUUAGGCUUAUGUGAUGAUUCAAUCACACCUAUCCCAUCGUCUAAUGCUAAUCUAUACUCUCCAGAUGUUUUAUUAUUGAAUACUUCAAAUUCAUUUCUUGUUAAUCAUCUUCAUAAUUCGUCAUGUAAUCAAGUAUCGCGUCCAAUUGAACCAAAAUAUUCAUUAAACAGUAGUAAUAAUAAUAGUAACAAUUUUAUUGGUAAUAAUCCUGGUAUUAGGAAAAAAUCAAACUAUGAUGACUUACAGGAUAUUUUUUCUACAAAUGCUACUAAUACUUCUACUACUACUACGACGACGACUUCUGGGUCAACAGUACUCUCUACUUCGUCAACGCUUUACCCAUCAGUAUUCAGUUCUGUAGACUCCAAAACUUCGAAACAAUCCUUGUCUCCUGAACAUGGAUCUUAUGUAAAUUCCAAUCCCAACGUCUUCAGUGAACUAGAUUGUUUGAGUCGUCAAAUGCUUAACUUAUCAAAAAAUCCUUUUUUAUUAUUUCCUGGAUGAUGACCAUUCAUGUGUAAAUGGAUGGUGAUGUACUACAAAGCGACAAAGAGGCUGAAUCAAAAUUUUCCGAACAAACAAUUGAUGAAUAAAUAUUGUCACCUUACAUUGAGAGAAGUCUUUGUAUGAUUUGUGGUAAUGCAACUCUUUUUGCACUGACCUCUUUCAUCAAAUCAAACCUCACCUAUUCAUAGUUAAUCCUUUAUUUAGCGAUCUGAUUUUCAUGUUAUUGUAAUUCUAAUGAUGUAUUUCUAUUUUGGUGAUCCGUAAUCUUUUGAUUAUUUCAUGGAGGAUUAUUAGAGUAUUUGCAAUGAUUUACUUUUCCACCAAUUACAAAGUGUUAUUUCGAGAAUGACAUUUAUCGAUGUCGAAUAUGACCUUAGGAAGCAAAUUUAUCAAGCGGUUUAACUGGUUCAAUUGCGUUUGUAGUCUCAUCAGCUCUGAUUCUUUGGGGGUUUGGUCGGAUCUGUUAGCAUGGACAAAAAAAGCUUGUUCGGUUUUAAAAAAAACUAAUCCACAUGUGAUUCGGGUUAAAUGUCGAUCUACUAAUAAAUAUGAGAAUAAACUGAAUAAUAGUUUGAUUUGUACUACUUUAAGAUAUUUAAGAGCAGGAAGACUGAGUAAAU